AUAAAUCUUUUCUUAAAAAUUAAUGAGUUCCAAGAAAUAAAAAGAAAUAGUAAGACACAUUUGUCGAAAUCUAUUAAAAAUGGCAAGAUUAUACGUUAUGAAACGAAAUAUUGUUGACGAAUUAGUUCAAACUCCUGAUGACGAGCCGACUUCUCCAGUUACGUCUCCUGGAGCAAUAAGCAAUGAAGAAGAUUCUUCAAAAAGCACUGAUAAGAAAAAUAACGAAACAGACAAUAUUAAGGAAGAACGUUUCGAUAAUAGUUUGCUACAAUCAAUUAUUUCGGAAUUCCGUCACCACCCAGAUUGCUUACUCUCAAACCAAAACUUGCAACUAAUUUUAGAAGGUUUGGGUGAACCUACAGAUUCAAAUACAAUACAAGAGUGGAUCAGUUUUUAUGACCAAAAUAAUAAAGGAGGGAUUGAUUUAGUUGGAUUUUUAAGGAUGGUGAUGGAUCAAAUUCUUCCAAUCGAAGAUUCAGAGGAGGAAGUUGAAGAUUCUUUCAAAGUAUUUGAUACAGAAAAUUCCGGACAAAUUAGCUGCAAUGCUUUAGAAUACGUUCUAAAAACCAGAGGAAAUCCUUUAACAACAGAAGAAUUUUCAAUCCUUAUAAAUAAAAACAACCCUAAAAAAGAAAAGCUAUUUAAUUGGAAAGAAUUUUGUCACAAGUUUACCAAAGAAGUUUAUGAUGCUAGUAAUGACCCUCUAUAACUGGAUGACAAAUGGUGAUCCUGUACUAAAUGUUUGAAGUUAAACUUGAUUUAUUUAUUACAAAAUAUGCACACAAAAAAAAACAACUAUAGUUUUACAAUAAUUAAUAAACCAACACUUUUAAUAAAUUUAUCAAUAAUAGUUUAUUAAUCUUUAUUU